AUGCGCAGCAAGUUCAAGGACGAGCACCCCUUCGAGAAGCGCAAGGCCGAGGCCGAGCGAAUCCGACAGAAGUAUGCGGACCGCAUUCCCGUUAUUUGCGAAAAGGUCGAGAAGAGCGACAUCGCCACCAUCGACAAGAAGAAGUACCUUGUGCCCUCGGAUUUGACGGUCGGCCAGUUUGUCUACGUCAUCCGCAAGCGCAUCAAGUUGUCGCCUGAGAAGGCCAUCUUCAUCUUUGUUGACGAAGUCUUGCCCCCAACAGCCGCGCUCAUGAGCUCUAUUUACGAGGAGCACAAGGACGAGGACGGCUUCCUCUACAUCACAUACUCUGGCGAGAACACCUUUGGCAGCGAAUGA